AUGUUGUAUUAUUCCCUGGUUACAUUAGAUAUAUCAGAUCAUAUUGAAACACCAGAUAGGUUGCAUAUUUAUGAGCUCAACGAUGAUGGGGCGAAGGUUCAACGGACACCUAGUGAUGGUGUAUAUGGUGUGUACGAGAGGCCAUACUAUGCAGGAAACACGGAGGACUUGUCUAUUCGGGACUAUAAAUCUUCCGGCAAACAAUUUAGUCUCGAUUAUCUAGGAAAACCAACAUAUAUGUACCAAGGAUUCAAAAUACUUCUAACAUCAGUUAAAGAUAGUCAUAAUGGCGGUUGUAAAACGGGAUAUUUUUGGUGUUCCAAACAGUUAAUUUGUAUCCCGGGUGAAUUGAGAUGUGAUGGGAAUCCUAACUGUGGUUUAUAUGAUAACACAGAUGAAGAUGGAUGUGCUGAACUUGAUGAAACUGUAACAUCUUUACUAAAUGACUAUUCAAUAGCUCAUGCUGUCAUUGCUGCUGUCGUGGCUGUACUCGUGUUUCUAAUUUGUGUGGCUCUGAUUGGCCUAUUUGUUACCAAAUAUAACAGGAAAAGAUAUCCAUUAACUAAAGUUCGUGCCUUAUUAAGUCGUGGUGUUUGUAGUGUUACAACCAACCUAGAUAUGGAACGACUGUAUGCACCACCUUCUUACGAGCACGUGAUGGCGGGAACUAGCAGUGGUGGUAUGGAACCACCACCGGAAUAUAGCGAAUUCGUUCGUACAUCGCAUCAUCGUAAUGAGUACUUGACGGAUAGCGAGGACGACGAUUUUCCCGAUAAUUCUCAUAAUGAGUUUAUUGAUAUUCAUCGAAAACCAGCACCUCAACGAACAAUCAGCCAUACUUCCGUACAUAAAGCCAUGUGUCACAGUCAUCCUGGUUCUAUUGAAGAUCCAUUACCCAGCACUUCGUCCACUUCCGCCGACACUCGUCCGAAUAGUGCGUCAUCUAACGGAAGUCAUUCCUCCAGCUCGGGAUUACGUCAUAAUGGCGAAGAUAUCGAUUCUGAAGGAGACGUGAAGAGUGGAGAUUCAGGUAUUGAAAAUAGUCGCGAGAGAAUCUCAAAGAGACCACAGAAGAUCAGAGAGGAAUCUGAGAGCGAGAAUAUCAUCAGCUCGGGUUAAAAUCAAGUGCCGACAGUAUAUGCCACCAUUGUGUUAUUGUUACCAUGCCAACAGCCUUGUGAUAAAAACAGCAUUAUCCCCAUUAAAUGCCUUUAAUGUAAUUAUCUCUAUAGUAACAUAAUUACAUUUUAAUAUAAUUAUGUUUGUGAGAAAUGUUACCAAAAGUCUACAAAUAUUUUAUAAUCUUAGUUUACAAUCCGAUUACCAUUUUGUUUCGUGUAUUUGUUUGCUUUGCGUGCUUUUUUACACUACGUCAUAAUCAGACCAAUAUUCUAUCACCACGUUGUUCUGCCCAAUGAGAUUUCAGUUCAUAUCAGCCAAUUAUCAUCAAACCAGAAAAGACAGUUUUGAUUGGCUUGUAAAAACCACGUGUUCAGAACACAGGAAUUAACACUCAGCAGAUUCCUGUACCCUACAUCUAGCCUUGGGACUACUUGCACAUGACGACGCCUUUAAAGAAUGUUUUAUCAUACAAAUAUUUCAAAGUCUGAAGCUGUUUAUCCGAUUUUCUUCUAACAAGGACAACUUUGCACUGAAAAUUCUACACACUCUGCGAAAGACGCAAUUUUGAGAACUUGGUUUUAGAAGCGACAAAUUUUCCUAAUAGGCGUAGGUAUAUAUCACUUACCGUCAUACAGCCGAGGCUACAUGUAGGUAUCGGAAUCUGCCGAGGUUUGCCGAGUGAGGAAUUAAAUGAUAAUACGUCAGAUGUAUAUAUGAAAAUAUAAAACGAAACGAAAUAAGCUCUUGAAUUGAAUCACGUUAGAGAUUAGUGGGAUCAAUUUGUUUGUGUUUGUGUGUGUGUGUAUUAUACUUUAACGUUUGUCCUGUAUUCAUACUUCCACCUUUGGUAUUCAAGUAUGUCAGCAACAAUAUAAAAUGAGAAAUCGAUGCGAAUGUGAAUUACACAGACCCAAUAUUAGAAAGUCUUCUAAUAUCUCUGUAAAAGAUGAUUGCCUUCAACACAUGACGUCAUAUCAUGCUUCAAACGUCUUUUUUUUUACUUUUCUAAUACAUAAAAAAAAUGUUUUAGAAUUUAAUUUUUCGGAGGAUAAAAAGUAAAUAUUUGGGGAUCAUUACGUCGCAUCGAUGUCAUCCUUAUCAGUGACUGUAGCGGCGUUGCGAAUAUUCAUUGCUGAUCAGACCCCCAGCAUUAAAGAAAACUUGUUUUGACUUAAAGUUAUCGAUUUAUUUACCUUAUGUGCUUACAUAGCUUUCUUAAGCUAAAAUGACACCAUAUCAUUUAAAUAUGUUUUGACAAAAACGGGGGGCCUGAUAAGGAUAGCUGUCUAGACGUUCGAAUGGGACGAAAACCCGAGGUCCCAUGUAUAGAUUGGCAUGCACGUAAAAGAUCCCUUGACAGUUGGAAUUCGAUACAAGUGUCGACCAUAGAGCCGCCACCCGGGCAAAAUUUUCCUCGUAGCACACUGUAUGGCAUAUGCCCGUCUUCAUUAGCCCAGUCGAGUCAGAACAGUAGGACGUUAAACCCCAUUUCAUUUCAUUUCAUUUCGUUGCCAUGCUACUGGUUGCCAUUACAUAGUAGUUACUGUCAUUAAACAUUGACGUAAAAGAGAUGAAAAUAUAAGUAUAGACCGCGGAGAAAUCCACGUGAGUCAAAAUUUUCGUAUAUUCCAUUUUUAUGUUUUAUUAGGAAUUUCACGGGUGAACUCCUUUCAUUUUAGUUAAAUUAUUUAGAAUCGUUUCGGAACGUUCAACUCUCUGCCUUUCUGUGUUUCCCGGUUGAAUAUGUGACUUACCUCCCUUGACUCAGAUUUCAGUGACCCGCGUGUUGUUAAGCAAUGUCCAUCGAUUGAUAUUAAGUUAUGUUAUCGACCAUUAAGCCUAACUAUUUGUAUUCUACUUGUCCUAUGUUUUAUAUCGAAUUCCUACUGCCAAGGAUUCUUUUACGUGCACUUCAAUGCGUACACGGGAUCUCGGUUUUACGUCCCAUCCGAACGACUAAAGUUUUAAGUCUUGCCACCCAAUCGGGAGGCACUCCUUAAGUAAAUGUGUGCCAUUUGUUAAUACGUUAAAUGUUAUGCAUUUAAUGAAGAAAAUAAAAUUAUUUAUAAUUAUUAGUGUCAUUUUACUAGUUUAGCGUCCGCUUACCGAAUUAACUAAGAUAAAUAAAAAUUAUCAAAAAAUGGCUACAUCCCAUUAAUGUCUCUAUGCGUCAUUUUCAUUUUCCGAAAAAAAUCAUAUUAACACGACUUAAGUCAAGUUAAAAUCUUACACAAAUUGAUUAUUUAGAAAACAAAAUCAAUAAAUCAACGGCAGAUGGUUUAGCGGCUUGAUUCAAUCGUAUUAAAUAUUCAUGUAUACCUAUGAACAUUUUACAAAGAUUAGAGGUGGUGCUAGCUGUUUACAUCGUUUGUUGAAUGUUUAAUUAGUUCUAUCUUUGUGGUACUGGUUUAAUGGGAGGGAGAGAGAGAGAGAGAGGGAGAGAGAGAGAGAGGGGGGGGGGUUAACGUCCACUCGACACAAACUUAGUCAUUUCUUGACUAACAUACGGUUCAAUUUUAUUUCAAUAAUUUGCAUGUGCGUAGGGGUCUUCAGCAAUGGGAGGAAACCGGAGGAGCCUGAGAAAACCCACAAGGUUGGAUAGGCGACCUUACGCGUUGUCAGGUACAACCGUGGAAUCGAAACCGCGCCAGUUGACUCGAUGAUAGACCUUAUGAUGCAGCACGCACGCGCUAACCAUUCGGCCAUCCAACCCCGCUCCGAGACGUUAAGUAUUUUUUGGAUACUGUUCAAGGACGCCAGCCCGAGUGUUAAAUCAGUAUAUUACGCCAUGUCUUGCACAAAACCAUUAAAAUAUAAACAACCUAAAAUAAAGACACCUUACCACACGUGACGCCACAUCUGUAUUUUAAUUGUGAAUAUUUUAAGAAAUACUGCAACUUCAUUCGAUAUAUGCAAAUUGAUUUUACUGGUCAGCCAAUCGAAUUGCAGUAUUUCUUAAAAUUUCGAUUUUAUCUUAGGUUAAGUUUUCGUGAAUGAGGGCCCUGGUCGAUAUGUAACCCUUAUUGAACUGAUGUUUCUUUUCGUAGAUUGUAACGCAUUUUUCAAAAUGUUGAUCAAUCUAGUUGUUUGGUUUUUAAUUGACAUUAUUUUGAAUCAAAAUAGUGUUCCGGUGUAUCUUUCAUAAUACCUUUGCUUAAUUAUUACAAUGCUUAUGAUAUAUAUUGUAUAAACUCUGAUUUGUUUGAACUUGUGUUCAUUAUUGUGUUAUAUAUUUAUAAGUUUUAUAUUGAUAUCAUCUUUUAGUUCAUAUCGUUUUUAUACUAACAUCAUAUACUAUGAAUUUUAAUAAAAGAAUUAGCCAAGCUAUAUUAACAUCUG